AUGUUGAACGACGAAGUGCAACCAGAUGUGCGGAACGCAGCCGCUGUUUGUGUGAAAUUGCCCGAGUUCUGGAAAACUGAUCCUAAAUUGUGGUUUGCGCAGGCUGAGGCGCAAUUUGUAGUAGCAAAUGUGGUAAAAGACGACACAAAGUUCUACCACAUUGUAGCCAAAGUGGAUCAAUCUGUGAUAUGUCAUAUUACUGAUUUGGUAUCGAAUCCACCUCAGCAACAAAAGUAUCAGGCUCUAAAAGAGCGAUUGAUAGCUCGCUUCGCACUAUCCUCUGAAGCACAAUUGGAACGACUACUCAAUGCAUCAGAUCUCGGCGAUAUGCGUCCGACGCAUUUGCUUGCAAAAAUGCAGGAAAUAGCAGCUGGCCUUAAUGUCAACGAGAAUUUGUUAAAGAUGUUGUUCUUACAACGGAUGCCAGCUCACAUUCGUCCCGUUUUAACCAUCAGUGAUGGAACAUUAGCCAAACUAGCGGAAAUGGCCGUCAAAAUGUUGGAACAACCUCAAGUUUCAACAGUUUCAACAUCAUCAACAGCAAACGAUCAGUUGGAUCGCAUGAACGAGCAGAUAGAAGUUCUCAGCGCUAAGAUUCGUCGUCUCAAAGCUAAUCCAGAUACUUAUCGAAGUCGGUCUUCGUCGAGGUCCCGAAAUUCCAACGAUCAAUGUUGGUAUCACCAGAAGUAG